UCACUGGUGGAGAUCGAAGCGUAAUUUACGAGUGGUCGCAUUAUCACUUCAAGAUCGUCGGGUUGCCGCCAUGGACGCGUCGAUGGACCAGACGAUCCUGCGGCAUGAGGUGUCGGAGAUCAACUUCGGCUUCUACUCGGACGAUGAGAUCCGCGCGCUCUCGGUCAAGCAGAUCACGUCGCGCAACUCGUUUGACGGGCUCAAGAACCCGGUCGUCGGCGGCCUGUACGACCCCGCGAUGGGCCCGAUCGAUUUCAACAUGAUCUGCCCGACGUGCCACAUGACGCAGAAGGAGUGCCCGGGCCACUUGGGCCACAUUGAGUUGCCGGUGCCGGUCUACUCGCCCGUCCUCUUUGCGACGCUUCUCAACAUCCUCAAGCGCAAGUGCAUGAGCUGCCACAAGUUUCGCCGUGCGUCGUCGUCGUCGCGCAUCUUCCGCGUGCGCCUCUUGCUGUUGGACAACGGCUACAUUGAAGAGGCCUCGCAGAUGCUCGACCUCCUGGAGCAGAAGGACGGCAACUUUGAGGAAGGCCAUGCGCAGACCAUCCAGCGUCAGCAGGCGAUUCUCGACGAGUACGAGCGCCUCGCGCUCUCGGGCGCGGCCACGUUCUUGCCCAAGAACCCGCGCGCGGUCGAGGUCGAGCGCGAUAGCAUCAUCAGCGCGUUCCUGAAGGGCAUGACGUACAAGUGCGAAAACUGCGAAGCGCACUCGCCGGCCAUUCGCCAGGACUCGGCGGCCAAGAUCUUCCUCAAGCCGCUCUCGCAGCGCUCGCUGCGUCACAACAAGUCGCGCGCGAUCAACCUCAACUCGGCCUUUGACAUGGUGCACAAGACGACCGAUAGCAAGGCGCCGACCGCUGACGACUCGGACAUCGACUCGGACGAAGACAUGGACUCGGAAGAGACCUCGACUGCGGGCCACCAGUACCUUGCGCCGCUCGAGGUCAUGUCGCAGCUCCAACUGCUCUGGCAAAACGAAGAUGGCUUGACCGAGCUCAUGUGGGGCAACCGCGUGGCGGCGAGCCGCCGCGGCGACAACCUCGCGCUCAACGGCUGGAUGAAGUUCUUUCUGAACGUGAUUCCCGUCGCGCCGUCGCGCUUCCGUCCACCCGUGAUCAUGGGCGACACGCAGUUUGAGCAUGCGCAGAACAACUACCUCUCCAAGAUCAUCUCGCUCUCAGAGCAGAUGAUGCAGCUCAACAGCGCGCGCCGCGACGCGACAGUGACGCGGAUGCCGCCAAGUCGGUCAACCUCUCGGACAAGAUUUACCUCUGGACCGAGCUCCAGACGCAGGUCAACUGCCUCAUCGACAACUCCAAGGCCAAGCGCCCGGAUGACAUGCCCCAAGGCAUCAAGCAGCUCAUCGAAAAGAAGGAGGGUCUCUUCCGCAAGCACAUGAUGGGCAAGCGCGUCAACUACGCCGCGCGCUCGGUCAUUUCGCCGGAUCCGUACAUUGCCACGUCCGAGAUUGGUGUCCCGCUGCGAUUUGCCAAGACGUUGACGCUGCCGCAGGCCGUCACGCCUUGGAACGUGGUCGAGAUGCGCCAGCUCGUCGAGAACGGCCCGCAGAUCCACCCGGGCGCCAACUUUGUCGAGAACGAACGCGGCCAGCUCAUCGAUUUGAGCAAGCGCACGUUCGACCAGCGCCGCGCGAUCGGCAAAACGCUUCUGACGCGCUCGGCGAGUGCGCAGGGCGCGCACCAGAAGCACAAGGUGAAGCGCGUGUGGCGCCACCUCAAGAGCGGCGACGUCGUGCUCAUGAACCGUCAGCCGACGCUCCACAAGCCCAGUAUGAUGGCGCACGUGACGCGUGUGCUGACCAACCCCGCGAUGCAGACCAUCCGCAUGCACUACGCCAACUGCAACACGUUCAACGCCGACUUUGACGGCGAUGAGAUGAACAUGCACUUUCCGCAGAACGAGCUCGCGCGCGCGGAAGCCUACCACAUUGCCAACAACGACAACCAGUACCUCGUGCCGACGGACGGGUCGCCGCUCCGCGGUCUCAUCCAGGAUCACGUCGACUCGGGCGUCAAGCUCACGCAGCGGGAUACGUUCUUGACCAAGGACAUGUACCUCCAGCUCGUCUACUCGGCGUGGACGUGCCUCGACGGCGAGAAGGGCGUCAUCAAGACGCUGCCGCCGACGCUUCUCAAGCCGCAGCCCAUGUGGACAGGCAAGCAGGUCAUGUCGACGAUCUUGCUCAUGCUCACGGCCGGCAAGCCGUCGCUCAACCUCGACUCGAAGGCCAAGAUCAAGGCCGACCUCUACGGCCCCAAGAACGCCGAGCACAUCAUCGUCUUCCGUGACGGCGAGCUGCUCCAGGGUGUGCUCGAUAAGGCCCAGUUUGGUGCCUCCGAGUACGGUUGGGUCCACGCUGUCUAUGAGCUCUACGGCGCGGGCACGGCUGCGAAGCUCCUCACGGCGCUCGGCCGCGUGCUCACGUGCUACCUCCAGUAUGCCGGCCACACGUGUGCGCUCGAAGAUUUGACGCUGACGGGCCCUGCGGAAGAGGAGCGUCGCCGCCUCGUCGAGCAGAGUGUCUUGCACGGUGAGGUCGCGUACUCGGAGUUUGCGGGCCUCCCGGGCCUCAAGGACGACGAGACGCGCCGCAUGAACGACGACGAGCGCGCCAAGCUGCGCGAGACCAUGCGCCGCAAGAUGGCCGAGGACCUCGAAAACACGUCGGCGGCCCUCGACUCGCACAUGAUGGGCUUUGUGCACGGCUCCAACUCGGAGAUCAUCAAGUCGUGUCUGCCGCACGGCCAGAACAAGAGCUUCCCGGCCAACUGUUUCUCGCUCAUGGUGCUCACGGGUGCGAAGGGCUCGAUGGUCAACCACUCGCAGAUCUCGUGCGGCCUCGGCCAGCAGGCGCUGGAAGGUCGCCGUGUGCCUGUGCUUGUGAGCGGCAAGUCGCUGCCGUCGUUCGAGCCGUUCGACCCGAGCCCGCGCGCCGGUGGCUACAUUACCGAUCGUUUCUUGACGGGUCUCCGUCCCCAAGAGUACUACCACCAUUGCAUGGCGGGUCGCGAAGGUCUCGUCGAUACGGCUGUCAAGACGUCCCGGUCCGGCUACCUCCAGCGUUGCUUGGUCAAGCACCUCGAGGACCUCCAUGUGGGCUACGACCAUACGGUGCGCAACUGCGACGGCAACGUCGUGCAGUUCCUCUACGGCGAAGACGGCGUCGAUACGCUCAACUCGGCGUUCCUCUCGGGCAAGGCCGACCAGAUGAGCUUCCUCGCGAUGAACCACGCGUCGCUCUCGCACAAGUUUGGCAUCACGGCCGACUUUUUGGAGACGUCGGGCCUCGACGUUGUCGCGCCGGCGCAGCUCCACCACGAGAUCAAGUCGGCCAAGCGCCACGGCUACGAGGGCGGCCUCUUUGAGAUGCACGCGAUGAAGGAAGGCCUUAGCGUCCUCGCGCGCCGGCUCCAGCCCGGCCACCACAAGUGGAAGAAGGGCCACUUUGCCCUUGGAUGGCAUGCGGCGACGAUCGCCAAGGUCGACGCCAGCGGCGAGUACCCCGUGUACGACCUCACGUACGAAGAUGGCGAGACGGUGGUCGGCGUGCCGCAGUUCAAGCAAUUCAAGGCGAGCACGGCGACGAUGCCUGAGAACGAGUACAUGUGCGGCUCGGUCGAGCUCAUUCGGCCGCAGCUGCCCGACCCGGUCAUGCACGCACUGCCGCUCAACCACCACAUUGGCACGGUCUCGGAGAAGACGCAGAACCACAUUGAAGCGUACUCGAAGGCCAACCCGAGCAAUCUCCUCGAGUCCAAGAAGAACAAGCUCGGCGGCGUCGUCUCGGCGUCCGGCUUCCGCCUCAUGGUGUGGGUCAAGUACAUGCGCAGCUUGUGCCAGCCCGGUGAGAACGUCGGUACGAUCUGCGCGCAGUCGAUUGGUGAGCCCUCGACGCAGAUGACGCUCAACACGUUCCACUUGGCGGGCCACGGUGCCGCCAACGUCACGCUCGGUAUCCCGCGCCUGCGUGAAAUCAUCAUGACGGCGAGUAAGAAGAUGUCGACGCCGAUGAUGACGAUCCCGUUGCUCCCGACCGCGUCGCCGGCCGACGGCAUGGCGGUCGAGCAGCAGCUCAACCAAGUGCCGCUCGCCGAGCUCAUUCGCAACACCAAGGGCAUCCGGGUCCAGGAUCAGUUUCUCGAGGCCGAGAACCGCGUCCUCUGGUGCCGCGAGUACACGAUCCGUCUCUACUUUUUCAAGCCCAAGCUCAUCCGCGACGCAUUUGGCAUUACGACCAAGGAGAUCCAGCGCGCGUUCGGCCGCCACUUUGUCUCGAAGCUUCUUACGCUGCUCAAGCACGAAAUGCGCAAGAGCGGCGUGACCGUCUCGGUCGAGUCGGGCAACUCGAUGAGCGCCCGGUCCUCCGACAACCUCGACGACGACGACGAGACGCCGCGUGGCCGUGCCAAGAAGACCAAGGACGACGACGACGACGACGAUGACGAAGAUCAAGGCACGCUCAAGUUUGGCGCCAAGAAGGAAGCUGCGGGCUACGGCGACAUGGACGACGAAGACAUUGCCGUCCAGCGCGCGGCCGACUCGGACGAUGACGACGACGACGAGGCGCCCAAGAAGAAGUCGGCGGCGGCGUCGUCCGACACGGAAAACAGCUCGGACGACGAGGACGCGGCGCCUAUCAAGGUGCUCAAGGGCGAGCUCAAGGCGGUCCAGGUGUCGACGACGGUGUCGAAGAACCCGUACUUUGCGGGCGCGGGCGUCAACACGACCGAGCACUAUGGCGAACUCAAGCUGCGGUUCCCGGCCAACUUCAAGACGCUCCUCUUGGUGCCGCUCAUCGAGAAGAUCACGGCGCAGGUGCUCGUGCGGUCGUGCCCUGGCAUCUCGCGUUGCUACACGGUCAAGCAGCGCCUCGACAAGUCGGGCGACGAGGAGCAGUGCAUCCAGACGGCGGGCCUCAACUUCCAGGCCAUCUGGGAGCUCAACGACAAGCUCGACGUGAACCGGCUCGUGACCAACGAUAUUUACCAAGUGCUGCUCAACUACGGUGUCGAGGCCGCGCGCGCGUCGAUCUCCAAGCAGAUCCAGGAUGUGUUUGGUGUCUACGGUAUCUCGGUGGACCCGCGCCACUUGAGCUUGCUGGCCGACUACAUGACGCACUACGGCGACUACAUGCCGCUCAACCGAUCGGGCAUGGCGCGCAAGGGCUCGUCCUUCCAGCAGAUUACGUUCGAGACGUCGAUGAAGUUUUUGACGGAAGCCGCGACCGGCAACUUUGGCGACGACAUGGCGGGUCCCUCGGCGCGCAUCGUGCUGGGCCAGCCCGUCAAGCUCGGCACGGGCUCCUUCUCACUCAUGGCGCCCAUCGCGUUGUAGACAAGCAGUCGAGGAAUGCGC